AUGUCAAAACAGAUCUAUCAACUUGAUAUUGAGGGAAGGUCACACGUGAUCUUGGGUUUUCCCAUUCCCGUAGUAACGUGGCGAAAAGGAUCAAGGAUUUUACCAGGUUCUAUCACUAUUGACGAACACGGGGUUGUGAAGAAUGAACUAAGAUUUAAUCAUUUGAGAAAAGAAGAUUUGCUGACGGUUCUCACCUGUCAAGCAUCCAACAAUAAUGUAACAGGCCCUAUUCACACGUCUGUGACACUAGACCUUAAUUUGGAACCACAGAGCGUCCAGAUCACCACUGUGCCAACUGUCCUGAAGGCAGGACAAAGGAUUGAAGUCAAUUGCCAGAGUGAAGGUUCUCGUCCACCAGCCAGAAUAUCGUGGACCAAAGGCUCAGAAAGGGUAGACCAUCUUGCCAUCCAGAACACCUUCGGAAGCAUAUCCGUAAGUACAAUCAGCUUUGUCGCCGCUUGGGAAGACAACGGUAAAAAGUUGACGUGUGAAGCUCAAAAUCCGGAACUUCCAGAAAGUGCCUUACAAGACAGCUGGACCCUGAACGUCUUAUAUCCACCGCAACUCUCUUUGGUUUUUGGUGCAAGUGAACAAUACGAGCACAUACGAGAAGGUAGUGACGUGUACUUCGAAUGCAAUAUACAAGCUAAUCCUCCUGUGACAGAGGUCAAAUGGCGAUUUCAAGGCAGGAAUCUUAUACAUGAUUCACUAAGAGGCAUCAUUAUUAGAAACCAUUCUUUGCUUUUGCACAAUGUUGGAAGAAGAAAUCGAGGCACGUAUCAGUGCCUCGCUACAAAUGCUCAAGGAAGAGGUCGAAGCGAAGAAGUUGUGCUUCGUAUACAAUACUCAGUGGAAGCUGAUCCACACGACGUCAUUUUCAGGUGGACUUUUAACAACAUACUUUCCGAAACAGUGAAUAUCUUCUCUUUCGAUGCUAUAGGAAAGACAAAAAGCAUUGCUAAAUAUGUUCCCGAAACAAAAAUCGACUAUGGUUCGUUAUAUUACUACGCAAAGAAUUCUAUCGGAAACAUGGCGAGAACCAUUUAUCUUCAACAUAAUGCCUCUACAGUUAUCUACAAUUUUCAGAUCUUAGUAAAUCGUGAAAUAAUGAGAAUAAUAAGACUUACCUUUCUUUUCUCAGGUCCUCCAGAACCUUUACAGAAUUGUACCAUUACCAACCAAUCGUUCAGCGCUCUGACACUGUCUUGUGACCCAGGAGAUGAUGGAGGAGAGAAGCAGUCUUUCCAUUUGGAACUCUACAGUAUGAAGCGAGAGCAACUGCUGGCUAACAUUACUUCCAAUGAGAAUCCAAACUUCUUAGUGAGAGGUCUGCCUACAGGAUCUUCUUUCAUAGUUGUUAUAUACGCUUCGAAUUCAAGAGGGCGAAGCACUUCUGUGGCACUGACCGCAUCCACACUCUUCUCGGCUGAAAGACAGACAGACGAUGAUAGUCGUAGUGUUAUCAGUGCGGUGUUAUUAGUGUCUCUGGCGGCGUUAGGUACCCUGGCGCUUCUUGCAGUGGCGGCUGUUGUGGCUGUUGUGAGAAACAAAAGGAACAGUUCUAACGAAGUUGUUACUACUGCUCAAGAAAUGGUGGAGAAAACUCCAAAAGUUUCAAAACCAACGUAUGAUGAUGGUAAUCCAUAUGUAUAUCACACCAGAGAAGUCACAACAG